GCGGCUUUUCUCUUAGUGCUCAAGGCGCCGACCCACUUCUCUCCCUCCAGCCGAGCGCUCCCUUUCUUCCGAGGUGCCCGGCGCUGCCAGCCCGAAGGAGUCCGGACUGAGUUUGGCGGGGUAACUGCUCUGAGAUUCAUGUAUCUCUGAUUCAGACCAGCAAAGAGCCUGAUAUGUUGCCCUCUCCCAGGCACUAUGACAACCCUGGAUGAUAAGUUGCUGGGGGAGAAGCUGCAGUACUACUACAGCAGCAGUGAGGAUGAGGACAGCGACCGCGAGGCCAAGGACGGAGGCAGAGGUGCCCUGGCUGGCAGUUCGAUGCCUGCAGAUGCUGAGUUGGCAGGCGAAGGCAUCUCAGUUAACACAGGUCCGAAAGGUGUGAUCAAUGACUGGCGCCGCUUCAAACAGUUGGAGACAGAGCAAAGGGAGGAGCAGUGCCGGGAGAUGGAGAGGCUGAUCAAGAAGCUGUCAAUGACCUGCAGGUCCCAUCUGGACGAAGAGGAGGAGCAGCAGAAACAGAGGGACCUCCAGGAGAAGAUCAGUGGGAAGAUGACUCUGAAGGAGUUUGCCAUGAUGAAUGAGGACCAAGACGAUGAAGAGUUUCUACAGCAGUACCGGAAGCAGAGAAUGGAAGAGAUGCGGCAGCAGCUUCACAAGGGGCCCCAAUUCAAGCAGGUUUUUGAGAUCCCCAGUGGAGAAGAGUUUUUAGACAUGAUUGAUAAAGAACAGAAAAGCACCCCCAUCAUGGUCCAUAUUUAUGAGGACGGCAUUCCAGGGACCGAAGCCAUGAAUGGGUGCAUGAUCUGCCUUGCUGCAGAGUACCCAGCUGUCAAAUUCUGCCGGGUGAGGAGCUCAGUUAUUGGGGCCAGCAGUCGGUUCACCAGGAAUGCCCUUCCUGCCCUGCUGAUCUACAAGGGGGGCGAAUUGAUUGGCAAUUUUGUUCGAGUCACUGACCAGCUGGGGGAAGAUUUCUUUGCCGUGGACCUUGAAGCUUUUCUACAGGAAUUUGGUUUGCUCCCAGAAAAGGAAGUCUUGGUGCUGACGUCCGUGCGUAGCUCUGCCACCUGUCACAGUGAGGACAGCGAUUUGGAAAUAGACUGAACUGAUGAUCUAGUAGCAUAGAUUUCUCAUUGUUUGGGCUGGAAGACACAUGUCUGGGUGUUAUUUUUCUUCCUUCCUGUGUCUUCUGGCUUUUCAGCUGUUCUUUGUAGUGUGUCUUAUAAGUAAAGUCAAGAAAUUCUUAGAUUAAAUCAGAGUCCUGAAUCACCUUGUGGCUAGCAAUAAAGUAACUUAAAAUUGUAUAAACAGGAAGCCAGGCUUUUGAACUGUUUACUUAAGAUUCUCUAGCAGAACGUCUCUGUUAUUGUUUCCAGUCAAUAUUUACAUAGCAUCCUAAAGACAGUGUCCUGGAGAUUGUCUUCAGAUGAUCUCAGAGGUCUCUGUCAGGUCUGGGAGUAUAAUUCUGUAGUUAGUGUGUUAUUUGCAACAUAAAUAGUGCAUUUCCUUCAUCAAAUGAUUGCAAAUUAUAUUUACUUGUAAUCAGACCCAUAGUUCUAGAAGGCAGUUGACACUUUUUUCCCUUAGACCCUGUUCUCUACAAGGGUCCUGUUUAAAGGUUCCAGAUAAUGUGGGUUUGCCCCAUCAAGAGGGGUGACCUCUGUUGCUGGAGUCAGUGUCCCGCUCAAGCGUUAUUAACUCUAGAAACAGAGGAAGGAUCAAUGCUGACUGCCCUCUUGACACUGGAAGACCAGCUGAACUUAAAAAGUAGAGCUGGGUUGGAGCUGGAAAAGCUUUUUUAAAGGAGCAUCUUUCAAUAAGAUGCUCCUGCUCAUCUCUUUGUCUCUCUGUUUAACAAGGAAACUUUUUUGUUUAAUGUAGCUUUUUUAAAACAUUUUUUUUGGCAUAUUGGAAAAGUAACUAAUACUCAAUAGAGGAAAAUUUACCAAAAUAACAGAAGCAAAAAUAAGGAAGUUAGAAUAAUCUCUAAUCCUACCACCCAAGGGUAAAACACUAUUAAUAUUUUGGUAUGUUUCCUUCCAAGGUGUUUUCUUUGUAUACAUACAUAUUUUGUUUGUUUGUUUUUAAACAAAACAAUGGGAUCAUUCUGAGCAUACUGUUUUAUAGUAUGGUCAGCUAAUAUGUCAAACUUUUUUUAUGUUAUUAAAUAAUCUUUUACAAUGUUUUUUAAAUGGCUAUUGGCAUUUCAUUGUGUAGAUGUGCUGUAAUUUGCUUGGUGGUUGUCUCUUAAAAAGAAAAACAGCAAAGACUUUUUAUUACAAAAGUAAUAGAUGUCCAUUGUAGAAAAUGUAAUAAAAAUUAAGCUAAAAAGAGAUUUAAAAAGCUCUGUAAUUCCCCCAACCGAAAAUAAUCCCCGUUAUCAUUUUUACAGGUAUCUUUCUAGUCUUUUUUUUUUUCUAUUUCUAUUUGUAUUCAUAAUAAUGAUUGUCAUUUGAGUUUUUUCCUCUUGUUUUUUUACAUGAAAAAUGUACCUUCUAGGUUUAGGAAAAAUGUAAUCUGGAAUUAAAUCUUAGCUUUAAAGUUCAGUUUGGUUUUCCUGGCUAUUCAGGAAUUGAGUAACUGUUAUAGUUAAUCAGCAAAAAGAAAGUGCAUGGUUUUUCUCAUUUAAAAAGCUCAUUAUAGAAAGUGUGGAAAGUACGGAAAAUUAUUAGAAGUAGAGACAGCUGUUGUCAAUGGUCCUGUUUAUUUCCUUCUUGUCUUUUUUCAGUGUUUUUAAUAACGGAGAGAGCUUAUUGAAUUUAGUUCUGUGUUCUGUUUUAUUUAAUAUUAUAAAUACUUUGACAUAAAAAUUCUAAAUAAAUAAUUUUUAAUGGCUUC